AUGACAUCUAGCAAAGCAAUUGGUAUCGAUUUGGGUACAACAUACUCCUGUGUCGCUGUCUGGCAAAACGACAGAGUCGAAAUUAUCGCCAACGACCAAGGUAACCGCACUACCCCUUCAUACGUCGCUUUCACAGACACUGAGCGUCUGAUUGGUGACGCCGCAAAGAACCAAACGGCUAUGAACCCUUACAACACGGUCUUCGACGCUAAGCGUUUGAUUGGUCGCAAGUUCUCUGAUGACGAUGUCCAGGCUGACAACAAGCACUGGCCAUUCAAGCUCAUCCAAGACUCAGCCGACAAGCCAAAGAUCGAGGUCGAGUACAAGGGCGAGAAGAAGCAAUUCACUCCUGAGGAAGUCAGCGCAAUGGUUCUCGUCAAGAUGAAGGACAUUGCUGAGGCUUACCUCGGUACCACCGUCAAGGACGCCGUUGUUACCGUUCCAGCCUACUUCAACGACUCACAACGUCAAGCUACCAAGGACGCCGGUUUGAUCGCUGGUCUCAACGUCAUGCGUAUCAUCAACGAGCCAACCGCUGCUGCUAUUGCUUACGGUCUCGACAAGAAGACUGAGGGUGAGCGCAACGUCCUUAUCUUCGAUUUGGGUGGUGGUACCUUCGAUGUCUCACUCCUCACCAUCGAGGAGGGUAUCUUCGAAGUCAAGUCCACUGCUGGUGACACUCACCUUGGUGGUGAGGACUUUGACAACCGUCUCGUCAACCACUUUGUUCAAGAAUUCAAGCGUAAGAACAAGAAGGACAUCUCCGACAACGCUCGUGCUAUGCGUCGUCUCCGCACUUCAUGUGAGCGUGCCAAGCGUACCCUUUCAUCUGCUGCUCAAACUACCAUUGAAAUCGACUCUUUGUUCGAGGGUAUGGACCUCUACUCGUCAAUCACCCGUGCUCGUUUCGAGGAACUCUGUCAAGAUCUUUUCCGUAACACCAUGGAGCCUGUCGAGAGCGUUCUCCGUGAUGCCAAGGCUGACAAGUCCUCUGUCCACGACAUUGUCCUUGUUGGUGGUUCUACUCGUAUUCCAAAGAUCCAAAAGCUCGUUGCUGACUUCUUCAACGGUAAGGAGGCUAACCGCUCCAUCAACCCUGAUGAGGCUGUUGCUUUCGGUGCUGCUGUCCAAGCUUCGAUCCUCAGCGGUGAUGUUUCAGAGAAGACUCAAGACUUGCUCCUUCUCGAUGUUGCUCCACUCUCAACCGGUAUUGAAACUGCAGGUGGUGUGAUGACUGCACUCAUCAAGCGUAACACUACUGUUCCAACCAAGAAGUCUGAGGUCUUCUCUACUUACGCCGACAACCAACCAGGUGUCCUUAUCCAAGUAUUCGAGGGUGAACGUGCUCGUACCAAGGACAACAACUUGCUCGGUAAAUUCGAACUUUCUGGUAUUCCACCAGCACCACGUGGUGUACCACAAAUCGAGGUUACCUUCGACAUUGACGCUAACGGUAUUUUGAACGUUAACGCUGCUGACAAGACUACCGGUAAGAGCAACAAGAUCACCAUCACUAACGACAAGGGUCGUCUUACUAAGGAGGACAUUGAGAGAAUGGUUAGUGAUGCUGAGAAGUUCAAGGCUGAGGAUGAAGAAGCAGCCUCAAGAAUCCACGCACGUAACGGACUUGAGUCAUACGCCUACAACUUGCGUAACGCAAUGAAUGACGACAACCUCAAGGACAAGUUCGGUGAAGAUGACAAGAAGAAGUUGGAUGAGGCUGUCAACGAGACAAUCUCAUUCCUCGACAACUCUGAAGCUGCUAGCAAGGAUGAGUUUGAGAGUCGCCAGAAGGAACUUGAGGGUGUUGCCUCACCAAUCAUGCAGAAGCUCUACGGUCAAGGCGGUGCUCCAGGCGGUAUGCCAGGUGGUGCACCUGCCCCAGGUGCUGAAGGCCAAGGUGGCGGUGAUGGCCCAUCUGUUGAGGAGGUUGACUAA